UAGAGUUUAAUAUUUAGAGACUUGCUUUUGCCAUUUUGCCAUUUAACAAUGGGGAUUACUACAACGCUCAUUUCUGGGAAUGACGAUGAGACUGCGGUGUUUGCAGAAGCCUUUGAUGGCGAUCUUUCGUUAAUUUUUAGAUUUGAUGUCGAUAUCUCUCAGCCGCUCAGCACCAGCAGCCGCAUAGUCACCUGCUUUCACGAGAUCGAGGUUGACGACGAGAAGAGGACACUUCCGGACAGAGAAUCCAUGCGGCAAGCAGUAUACGAUCUCAUCUCACACGUCUGGCCUAUUUGCGCAUCCGAUCCUUCAAUCCGCCUUCCGGACGUUGUUUUACACAUUCAGCAAGACGAUCGUGGCGAAACGACGUUUACAAUCUCUCACGAGGGUGUUUUUCAACGAUAUCUCGCGGGUCUUUUGCCUGUUAGCUCUGUUAAGGAUGCUCUUAUCCGAAAAGUUGGUGUGACCGAACCGCGUUAUGCAUCACUCGAAUCCCUUAAAUUUUCCCAUAAACUUGGGGGACGCGGAGGGACGACGAUUACUCGUUUCAGAGACCAGAAAGAUGGCGGACCAUACAUCUACAAGGGACUCAGUUUCCGCCUAUUUCUGGAAGGCGAUGCAAUUUAUAGACCCGAGCGAGAUACGUUCCAUCGUGAACUCAAGGCCAUCUACUCUCUUCCCAGCCAUCCCAACCUCCAGCGUACUCCGUCCUUCCUAGUUACCACUGGGCCACCUCAAUCUGCAAGUCAGGGCGUUGGAGAAGAGAACCGUGUCCUUUGCGGAAUGUUGUAUCCGUUUUUGGAGCGGCAAUCAUUGCAAGAAGUAAUCAACCAGAGCAAUGAGAGCCACACAAGCCUCCCUCUGGUGGCCAAAGCGAAAUGGGCGUUCCAGAUAUCAUCGGCAAUGGCGACUGUGCACUCAUCGGGACAGUACCACAUGGACUUGAAACCGAGCAAUAUCCUUCUGAACAACGAGAAUGACGUGGUUGUGAUUGAUUGGGAGCAAUGUGGUGCGUCUCCGUUCUUCCUCGCACCAGAAGCGAGCGGCUUGUGGGACGUUGAGGUCGUCGCAAACUCAGAAACAGAUGAGGCGCAAGAGGCAAAACCUACGAUGGCAUAUCGAGAGUUCAUAGGUCCGCUGCUUGAUAGCCGUGGGACUUGGCCAAGGCGGAAUGUAUUCCAAUUGUGGCAGCGCGAAUGCCCAAGAGCGCUGGAGGCUGCCGAGAUCUACAGCGUUGGGAAGAGUUUAUGGGUCAUCUUUGAGCAAAAAAAUGAUGACUGGGUUUAUGAGAGGAAACAUCCGGAGGCGACAACGGUCGAGUGGACUCCUGGGAGCGACGGCGUGUCAGGAGCAUGGAAGGAUUUCGUAUCUCGAUGCAUGAGCGUGGAUCCAAACAAGCGGCCAACAUUUGAGCAGGGAGAGAGAUUUUGGGAACAGGAAUGGAAACAGCUUGAGGAGAACACGAAGGAGAUGUGA